UCCUUGUAACUCCAUCAGGAAACUGACACACUGUCCUGUCAGCUUGGGUCCAGCAGACCUAAGGUGCUGUUUCUUCUUCUAUGAACCUACUUAAUCAUGAUGUUGUUUUUAGAACUAUUUGUCUUUAGGACUGUUUUUUCCCAUCUCCGAUAUGCUUUUAUUUUUAUGGUGUAUUGUUGUGGUUGCUUUAGACAUUGCAAAUGUUCUCUCUAUAAUGCAGUCACUGGUGGGUCUGAAGGCAAAAUGCGGUGGAACCAAAGGCCAAUCAUUUAAAAAAUGCCAAGUUUUUUGUGUAAAGCUCCAUUAAUUAAGCCUUAGGAGAGAAAUCUCUACCUUUUAGAAUGAGGGAGGGGUGAAGCUGCACAACAACUGAGAAAACACUGAAUGACUGGGGUGGCUGGGGAAAAUGGGAUACAGUCUAGGGAAAGGGGCCAUGACCAUUCAGGGAACCCCUAAGAGUCAGCUUGGGAUCCCAGUGGAGCUCUGUUUGGCUCUUGCGUGGGAUAUGAAUAUUUUAAAUUUAAAAAUGACAAAUAUAUUUCUGCCAGAGCGAAUUCUCUCUUGGGGAAAAUGACAAAUGGGUUUCCAAUUUUCCCAUGGUAUUUCUGAGUCUUGUAGUCCUAUCCAUCCUCAAGAAAGAUACUCCUCUGGUGACUUUGCAUGCCCGCUGCUGCUGCUUCCAAAAGUCCUAAGGUAAUUCUUAUGGCCUUUAGAGACCUCUCCCACUCAGAAAAGAAGGGUUUAUACAUAAUCAAGAUGGCAAAGAUGCCUACAUUAGAUUUCAUUUGCUUUGCUACUGUUACAAGAAGCCGAACAGGGAUGUUCACCUAUGCAAUCACCACUGAUCACAUGUUUGUGGCAUCCAUGACUUUGAUCAAUGGUUGAUGUGGUGUACUCCAUGAUAUAGAUCUGGGCUGAUCAUUGCCAUUUUUAUGCUAAAUCAGAGGAAUGAGUCAGAGGAUCCCUUGGGAUCCAAUUGUGGUUACUUCAAAGCAUCUUUAAGAAAGGUUCAUUUGAGAUGAAAGGUUCAUUUGAAAGCUGGUUUCAGAUACUGAUAUAUAUUCAGUUUAAUUCUCUGGUCUCAUUAUUAUUUCUCUAUAAUGCUAGAGGACUGAUUAGGUUUGGUGGACCUGAAUGGCAAAAAAUAUUUUGAAGAGACCAAAAGCAUCAUGUUACUCUAGCCAAUACCUAACAGGAAUAUCAUUGCUACAUAAAUGUAACAUAAAAGCCAAGCUGAUUUUUUUCUUUUUCUUUUUCUCUUUUUCCUUUCCUUUCCUUUCUUUUCUUUUCCUUUUUUGGUGGGGGAGAUCAUUUGCACCAAAGCCAUUUCACACUUCCCAGUUUGGGGCAUAAUUUGGCAAGGACUAUUUUUCCAGUUAGCGGUCUUGCAUUGGGUUUUCAGGUAAUAGGUGUCCUCUUUUACAGAAGGCUUCCAAUGAAUUGGCUUCUGAUUGAAGACAACCUCUAUGAGAAGGGCUGUCUUAUUUAUUAAUUUAUUAUUAAAACAUUUUUAUGCCGCCCCAUUCGCCGAAGCCUCCAAUGCCAGUUUAAAAGUAAUGAACUGUAAGAACUCUUACCACUCAACAGUUAGCAGCUGGACAGCAGGCUGGACAGGCAAGCACGUGGGUCAUGUGGUCAUGUUCCUCCAUAGGUGAGAGGUGUUAUAUUCUGUUUAAAUUAUUAUUACUAUUUCUAAGUUUACAUAUAAAUUAGCACAUGACAAAGCUGUGGAAAUUGCUAUGCUAUUCUCAUUUUCCUCCUUUUGGGGAUCCAUUCCCUCCCACCCACUCAUCCACCCACACUUUCUGAUGAUCUUUCCUAACCAACAGAUGGGAAGAAGACUUGAAGUCCUUCCCUUGUUAGUACUGUCUUUCCCUAAGCCUUUUCUCUGCAGCUGAGCUUACUGUCAAGGAGCCCAGACAGAAGAGUUGAACUGGGACUCCCAUCUCUCAGGCUUUGCCACCUUGGCAUUGCAGCCUUGGAAAUUGACAUGCUUUAAUUCCCCACUUGCAAUUCCUUUGACCCUCAAUUUGUGUCUGAACUCUUGAUACCCAUUUGCUUUGGACAAUGUACCUAUGCCUUCUGGUUACUCAGACCCACACUCCACACCUUUUAGAACCUGGCCCUUACCAAGGCCUAAUUUCCACCCUCAGAGCCGAUGGGGGUGGGUGUUUGGAGGGAGAAUCAGCAGACAGGGAAAUGCGUAAGUAUCUCCUGCCUAACAGUUGUCCCUUGCAAUUUGCUGUCCACCUCUUGUAAAGGCACCACAAGGCAAACACAGGUUUGAAAAUUCCAUGUAGUGUGUAAUUGCUUAAUAGGAUCCAUAAUAAAAUGGCUGAAAUGUUUAAUGAGCCAAUGAUAAAGCUUUAAAAAGAUAAAACACUUUCACUUUAUCUUUGUCAGCUGCAGCUAUUUAACAAAUGAAGCAGUCACCUUUUGUCAUGCAUAUUUUGUUCUAACAUUGCAAGAGGACUCUGCAGUUAAUCUCUGAUUCUACAGAUUCUAGCAGGAUUUUUCUCUGCUGACAUCACAAACUCCCUCAUGGAGGUUGCUGUUUUUGUUGGGCAUUCUAGUACAUUCCCCGGCGAUUUAAUAGGGAGGGACUCUGCGUCAUUUCUAAGUAGAUAGAGAAAUGACAACACUGAGGUCAACACAGACAGAACUAAAAUGACACAGAACUAGGAUUUAUAACAGCUUUUAUGGUAUGUUGGGUGGUAUCUGUUCUUUUCACUCAGCAGCCUUGAUUCCUUUGUACUUCCCUCAUAAACCAGAUGGAAUUGUAUGCUUUCCAGAUGGUGUAUGUAAUGAAGUCUACAUUAUAUAACCACCUUUCAGGAAGGAUAUCUCAGCUCAACCAAAAUAUGUCAACAGCCUUAGGAUCAAGCUUUAUAAAGCACGGGCAGUUUGUUUUUGGCUGCAGAGUUAAAAUGCAAGCAGCUACAACAGUGUCCAUAGGCAGCAAAAGUUCGUGGAGUUUAUGCUGGCGGCCAAACAAUACAGGAGGCAUCUGUUGUUUCUUGCUGAACAGUGUUUUGAUUAUAAAUUAAUCUCUUGAGUUCUUAUGGUUCCUUCAAAUGGUUAAUGAGUAUCAUAACACGUGUCCAAAGGCCAGUUGGUCCUGAACAUAUAAAACUAUGGACUCAGACAGGAGCACUGAAGAGAUACUCAAAGCUGAGGCUGGGCCUAACUGGAAAGAUGUCAAGGAACCUCUUCUCAUUUCUCCGUUUGUUUGUGCUUAUGAUUGGCUUUGCUGUUAUUUGUCUAGGAGCCUUUUGCAUCUCUACAAAUGCCUCUGCUUGCAAGUGCAAUAGCUUGCCUAUUGCAUAUUUUCUAUUACCCUUGGGGUUCUUACUUCUCAUCUCUGGGAUCUUCUGGAGCAUUUAUCAUGAAGCCAGCAGAUACAAGGGCUUAUUCUUCAGCAUUAUUCAUGGAAAUCCCAGACUUCAACAGAAUAUCUGUACCAUAGACAGGCCUGACUUUUACCCUCCAUCUUAUGAAGACAGCACUGAUCCUGUAAAGCAGACAUUCCCACUGCCAGUCUUCCCACUGGAACGAGAGGACACUUACAACAUACCUCCACCUCUGUACACAGAGAGUAGCCUUGAAUUCAUUGAGGAAAUUAAUCCUCAGGAACAACCACCACCUUCAUAUGAAGUAUCUGUGCAGCAGCAAACUACAGUCUCAACACCUGAAGAGACUUCUACUGCAUCUGUGCCAGAGAUCAACUGCUGAAGAAAUGGCCUGCCAAAAGACUUGGAUCAGAGAUAAGCCAUGUCUGCUAUUCUGGGACAGAGGCAAGGCAGUGGUUCAGCCAUUGUGGCAGAGUGCUGUUGAGGGAACUGGAGGUCGCUAUUCUAUCAGCGAGCACUGGGUCCAAAGAUAGCCUUGCAGUAGUACUCCAUGCCUGGCCAUGAACCGUUAGAAAGGUUAUUUCAGAAAUAGCAUCAUUCCAGCCAGGAAUAAAACUUGGUGUUGCAUGGGUCAUGGAUGACAAUGCUGACUUCCAACCAGUUAUUGCUGGUUGUGGCAACCGCUAGAUGUGUUUACAUUUACAUGUUAAAAAAUGGCCACAAACCCCAAGGAACAGUAGUGCCAUGACGAAGUGCCCAGGCAGGGAUAUGUCUGAAAGAGUGAAAGAAGAAACCCAAAGCAAGCAUUAUGUUCCAAUGAUGAAUGAGGAUGGCAUACAUACAUACUAAGCAAAGUCAGCUAUGCUAUUGCUAUGGGGAAAACAUUUUAUUCUAUCCUUGGCAUUUGCAAGGAUGAUAAGAGGCCUUUUUUCAAAGUUAAACUCUUCAAAGUUAAACUCUGUUAUUUUUCAGACAUUCUUCUGUACAAAGAUCUUGUAACAGAGAGCAAGCUGUGGUGAGAGAACAGGAUUAAGUUAUGAUUGUACUGGACAGUCCAGUUCCAUAGCCCAAGCAAAGACCUCAAUUUAAUUUCAGAUAGUUCCACUGAUGUAUAUGUAAGUUAAACUGAAGAAUGUGAAUUUAAACUGUUUCUCAGAGCUUUAGACUGUUCUUUCUUACUGGGGUACCUUUGUGCAAUACACACACACACACAAACACAUAUGGGACAUAGGGAAUGAUUCCAGAGGACUCUGCAAUCACAAACAUGGUGGGGAAAUAUGCUGUUAAGAACAUGUUCUUUGUUCAAGACUUCUACUUUUGCAUAUUACAACAAGCAAUUUUCCAUUAUGUACUCUUAUUAAUUACCACAACUACCUUUCAGAUCCAGAGAUGGGGGGUGGGAAAUCCCCAAGUAUAGUUAACUGACAUUUAUCUUGAUAAAAAUAGCCAACUGAGGUAUGAAAGCUAUGGACAUUUCCAUUGUCAUUAGCAUCAUUACACUCUAUGCCCAUAUGUAAUACCCUCAUUAUUUUUUGUAACUCCUGUGGAGCUCUGGCAUCAACUUCCUUUUCUUUCUGAUAGGACUGGCCAACUUUGAGAAAUCAACAAAUGAACAGUUGGAAUUUGUUACUUUACAACUAUGUUUGUUCUGUGGUCAGGGGCUAACUAUAGUUUACAUAUUGUUUAAUAUUGCAUUGCACUUUCUUACAAUAAAGUUUUGCACUGAAAAAAAUAAAGUGGCAUUUGCUUGAUGAAAAUGAAGAAUGUGCGCUUCCAUUUUAGUCAACAAACAUAAUCCACAGUAGAAUGCAGUAAACCUCUUAGGGCAUAGUCCUAUAAAAGUCUAGACAGAGAAAGGCCUACAACUAAGCUGACUGAGGCAUGCUGCAAAUUAUAGGGCCCUUUCUUUCUAAACCUGCACUGUAUUGUACCUUUACCAGAACUUCUGAAAUAUUUUAGUAAGUUACUUCACAAGAAAAAAUUCCACAGUAGACUUAUAGAAGUAUAGUUUCAUAGGCCGUACCCUUUGGAUUUUUUAAAAUUUUGGAUAUUUUCCAGAUCAUAUUCUGUUUUUAUGCUGUAGAAAAAAGUUUUUAUCUAUCUUUAUGGCUGUACUACAUGGUAGGUAUGAACAUACUGACAAAUUAUUUCCUCAUGGGUGAGGAUUCUUGCAGUACAUUAUACUUCCAUGGCCAGAUCCUAACAACCUCUUGACUGUGGCAAGCAGCACUCCUAAAGUCAUUCUUAUUGGAAGCUGUGUGAAUGAAACGUCCAUUCAGUUAAUAUGUUGAUCCUGAAGAAUACAGCUUCCUAAGAAACUAGCUAUGAUUUAAAGUGUCCUGGAUCAGCUUGGCUGAUUCAUUGUACUGAGCAUUUUUAUGUAAAAAAGAACCAUGAGCUGUUCCCAUUGACAGGAUUAAUAUACUUGGAACUAUUCCUUAGUGAUUCAGAGAAGAGUUUUUCCUAAGGGCAUACCACUUGGUAAGUUACCGCAUUCUUGGUUUGGUGUCUUUAUGCAUAAACCUGGGUUGUAACUGCUAAAGGAACAAGGUCGUACUAUCAUGGGUUCCAGUACGUAUAAACAAAGUGAUAUGCAGAUGUCCACAGCAUUAACCAUUCUGGGGCAAUUUAAUUCAACAAAAGUUAUAUUCCAUUUCUAAUGUCUCUCAUGUAUUACUCAGCCAGCAAUUUAGUGCAUGACUGCACUGUCCAUCUUGCAAAGCCACUAGAUUUGCAAGACACAACCCACAGUAUUUACACUUCCUCCCUUUUCAGUGCUUCCCCAAGUUCCAAGCUGAAAUGAGCAAUAUUAAUCUCCAUUUUGUUGCUCCAGUUUGGAGCAGUUAUUCCAGUUCUCCAAUAGUUAAGACCCCCAAAUUUCUGAAAAUUUAACAGAAGAGAAACUUGCACACUUGCAUUAACUGCUUCAUUGCAGCAGGCACACAAAUUUCCACUUAAUCUAUUUCCCAUUCAUGUUAUAUGUAUGUUUCUACAUUUUAUAGCUGUCAGGAAACCACAGUAACUGCAGCAGUAAGUGUCCUAGAAAUGAGUCGGAAAAGUGUUUGAGGGGUUGGGGGAAGGAAUUAACAUCUCUCCUUCCUGGAGGAGCUGGAGAGUUUGAAAAGAUUUAUUUAUUACAUGAAUAUCCCACUUUUUUUCUAUGAACUCAAAGUGGCUUACACCACUGUCCUCCUGCUGCUCUUAAUCUUAUCUCCACAGCAACAACCCUGUGAGGUAGGGUGGGUUGAGAGUCUGGAACUGUCGCCAAGUUACCCAGUUAGCUAAUGAGAAGUAUCAGCUCAACACUUGAAAUCAGUGGAUCACACUGCUAAGUGGGAGGCCCUGCCCUCCAUCCCCUUGUGGGGCCUUGCAAAUGUGCACAAAUUAAUCUAUAUGCAGUUUUGCGCUGUCAGUUUGUUACCUGCUUCACUUUGCUGCUGAGAAAGAAGCAGAUAAGGAAACUGAUGAGACAAGACUACACUUACUAGAUAGCUUUAAGAGCACACUUGAAAAAAGACCAACAGUACAUUAAAAAAAGUUACACAAUUGAAGGAGCCACAGGUUGAUUUGUGGAUGGGCUUAGGCAGCCAUUACCUUCAGAUGUUCAGAACAUGUACAAAGUGAUGAGGGAGGGCGAGGUAAUCAGAAACUCCAAGUUACAAGCAUAGUUUAAACUGAUAAAGGUAGGAGCUUCAGCAAAUUUUAACUGGUAGAAAUAGUU